GGACUAGAGCCUGAGGCUGCCCAUGGGGCUGGGGGUUGUCGGUGGGGCUGGCUGUGGGUGUCAGUGGGGCUGGCCGUGGGGCUGUGGGUGUCAGUGGGGCUGGCCGUGGGGCUGUGGGUGUCAGUGGGGCUGGCUGUGGGGUGCCGGGGCGCUGUGGGUGUCAGUGGGGCUGGCCGUGGGGCUGUGGGUGUCAGUGGGGCUGGCCGUGGGGCUGGGGGUGCCGGGGGCUGUGCAGGCAGCGGGACUCGGCUCCUCUCCCCAGCGCUACGCCGAGGCCGCCAGCGCCUUCGAGGAGCUGCUGCGCCGGGACGGGGCCAACGCGGAGGCGGUUGCCCAGCUGUUGGCCUGCCGGGCCCUCCUGCCGCAGAACGGCCCCCAUGGCUGGAGCAGCCCGGGGGGGGUCCCCGUGUCCCCGCCCCUGCUGGAGGCUGGAGAGCCGUCCCCGCUGCCUCCCUCCGGGGAACGCGCGAGCAGGAGCUGCCAGGACAAGGACACGAGUGGCCUCGGGAGCUACAGGAGCCAGGGCCGAGCUGUGACCCCCCAGCCACUGCCCCCCCAGCCACUGCCCGCCACCCACCCUGCCAGGGACUGCUAUCCCCUCUGGGUGGGGAAUGUCACUGCCAGGAUCGGUGAGAAGGUUCUGCAGGGCUCCUUCUGCCGGUUUGGGGAGAUCCGGUCCCUGCGGCUGCUGCCGGAGCGGCGCUGCGCUUUCAUCAACUACACGCACAAGGAGGCAGCAGAAGCGGCGUAUGCAGCCAUGCAGGACGCGGAGCUGGAGGGCAGCCGGCUGGUGCUGCAGCUCAAGCACCCCUCCCACGCCACCCCGGCCCCCCGCCGGCACCCUGAGCCCUGUGGCAAGGUGGGUGCCCCCCCCGGGGGGCUCCUGUAGCCAGCGGGACUUGGAGCUCCCCCCAACACCGCGGCUCCCGGGGCCGAGCCAGCGCCUGCCUGUGCCUUUCCCUCUGUGGGCAGCGGGACCUGCCCCCCCAGGACCUGCCCCCCCAGGACCUGCCCCCCCACUGCCUCUAGUGCCUGUGCCUUGCGGGGCUGCCCUGGGGGCUAUGCUGGGCUCACCUGCGUGGGGCCACAAGGGUCCCAUGGGGCUGGGGUUGUCUGUGAUUCCCUGGAACUCUUCCUACCACUGCUGGGGGGGCUGUGCCCCUCGGCCCCUUCGUGGGUUUGUACCUCAUUUGGGGUUUUAAUAAAACUGAGAGCCAGUG